CGAAGGAGACUGACUCUUUUUUUACAGACAUAGAAGCUUUGGAAUCAUGCCAGUUGUUCAAUCUGUAUUAUUCUUUGGACCCUUGCGGAUCACGGUUGGAGCCAGUAUUGAAUCCAAACUUGAGCAUAAUGCAGCCAGCUAACGUACCGAGAUAUCAGCGCUACCCAUUAGGUGAUGGACAUCAACUGUACUUCGACUCCAGCGUAGAUCUCACCCAUCUGUGGGGCAACAAGCGCAUGGAUCACAUUGCCAAUCUAUCUCCCAAUCACCGAGCAAAUGAUGUCCUAGUUGUCGCUGGUAACGAGCUCAACGUCACGGCAAAAUUCUGCUAUGGACCGAUGGAUCUUACCGCUCUAUCAAGAGAAAACGUCUCUGCCUUCAUCUGCCCGCAAAGGUUAGCUGAGUAUUUUCUUUUUCAUCCAAAAAAUGGAGGCAGCUAA